CCAGCUGACGCGCCGCGCCGCGGCGCACGGAGCCGGAGGGGGAGAGCGAUGGAUGUGCAAGUCGCACCCCGGAGAGCCUGGGACGACUUCUUCCCCGGCUUCGAGCGCUUCGCCUGGCCGGAUUUCAAAGACGUUUCCAAAUGGAACAACAGGGUGGUCAGCAACCUGCUCUAUUACCAGACCAAUUACCUGCUGCUGGCGGCCGUGGUCAUCUCCAUCGUGGGAUUUCUGAGCCCACUGAACAUGAUCCUUGGUGGCACUGUAGUAGUGCUGGUGUUCACAGGUUUUGUGUGGGCAUCACACAACAAAGACAUCCUUCGCAAGUUCAAGAAGCAGUACCCAACUGCGUUUGUGGUAGCCAUCCUGCUGUCUAGUUACUUCUUGAUAUCCUAUUUUGGAGGUGUCAUGGUAUUCAUAUUUGGGAUAACAUUUCCUCUACUGUUGAUAUUUAUCCAUGCGUCUCUGAGGCUUCGGAGCAUAAAGAACAAACUGGAGAAUAAAAUGGAAGGAAUAGGUUUGAAGAAGACCCCCAUGGGCAUAGUACUUGAUGCCCUUGAACAGCAGGAAGAGAACAUCAACAAACUGGCUGAUUACAUCGCUAAAGUGAAGGAAUAAGGGGCACAUAAUAUGGCAUUCUUAUCUGUUGCAGGAAUUUAGUUGCUAUUUACUCUUGUCAAAGCUUGCUUUCAAUUUGUCUGAGAUGCACGUACUGUACAGAUUGACAAUGGCAAGAUA